GAAAAAAAAAAAUCACCCCAGCGUCACGGAGCGGUGCAGCAGCAGUGUGUUCCUGCUGAACGGAAAGCAGCACUAGCACCUUUUCUAUCCAGCAUCUUCAACAAGCGACACCGAACUCGAGUGGGAACACACGGCUACACUCAGACUGUCCUCUGCCUCCUCAACAUGUCCGUGGGCAGUGACUUUGGAAACCCUUUAAGAAAAUUCAAACUCGUCUUUCUGGGGGAGCAAAGUGUUGGAAAGACGUCUCUGAUCACACGGUUCAUGUAUGACAGCUUUGACAACACUUAUCAGGCCACAAUUGGAAUUGACUUCCUGUCGAAAACCAUGUACUUGGAAGAUCGAACGCUUUCUCUCUCUGAACCCCAGGUGAGGUUGCAGCUCUGGGACACAGCAGGACAAGAGCGCUUCAGGAGCCUCAUUCCCAGUUAUAUACGGGACUCCACUGUGGCUGUGGUGGUCUACGACAUUACAAAUGUUAAUUCAUUCCAGCAGACGUCAAAAUGGAUCGAGGACGUGAGAACAGAGAGAGGAAGUGAUGUCAUCAUUAUGCUUGUUGGCAAUAAAACAGAUCUGGCAGAUAAGAGGCAAAUUACAAUUGAAGAAGGUGAACAGAGGGCUAAAGAGCUGAGCGUCAUGUUCAUAGAGACCAGCGCCAAGACGGGUUACAACGUCAAACAGCUGUUUCGACGUGUGGCAGCUGCUCUUCCGGGAAUGGAAAGUAUGCAAGAAACAAGCAAAGAAGGGAUGAUUGACAUCAAGUUGGACAAACAGCAGGAGCCCCCGACUACUGAAGGCGGCUGUUCCUGUUAACUCAGCACCGUGCUGGAUCAAAACGACAUCAUUUACACCACAUGCUUGUUAUGUUGCUUCCUAUUGGUUAACCUGCAGUUGACUUUGCACGUUGAGAAUCUGGCCUCCUCACCUGACUAUUGGUCAUCGGUUGGAACCAGCAAUAUGUGAAUUUGGUUCUAAAGUAGUGUAGCCUACUCUGUUAAGGAAACUGCCAAAAAGUCUUACAACUUGCAAAAAAAAAGAGAAAAAAAAAGAUUGUUUGAAAAAAAUGAUUCCCAAGUUACAUAUGUAUGUAAGUAGAAAAGGAAGUUCCCCCAGUUUCUUUUUUGUAUUUUUGUAUAUUCAGGGAAAUCUUUCUGGAACGGUUGUUUUUUUAAAAGAUGCAAACAACCAUGCUCUGUAUUUGAGAGAUUAAACAGAUGGUUUUAGACGUA